AAUUGUAGGAAAUUAAAUAUAUGUAUCACUAUUAUUUUAUCCUCUCUUUUUCCUUUGGCUAAUAGGAAUUACUCCUGUUGAGUGGGGGUGUACAUCCAUAUAUUUCUUUAUUUAGCAGACUGUUUUGCUGAAACUUUUAUUUGAAUCAGAAUCAACUGAAAACACAGCCCAGUGACCACGUGUUGGUCUUUCUUCUGUGUAACAGAUCCAAUAUAAUUAUGGCCCAUUGCAUCAAACGUAGUUUGCUUGUUUGAGAGAAGUUGCACAUUUAUUUUAGGAUUUUGUGCAAAUGGACCUUAGAACAUCUCUGUUUCUGAAGCAUAGACAUGUAGUGGUGGCUAAAUCAGUCCUGGGAAAAAAACACAGGAUUUUGUUAAACCACUGUGCUGGUGCUGCUGGGAGAUUGGCUGUGUAGGUUCCUCUUAUCCAUCCAAGUCUGCAGCACAAGGCCAGCUCACUCAAAAUGAUUCCAGCAAUACACAUUCCUGGUCAAAUGACUGGGCAUAAUCAGAGCCUUGAUAAUAUACCUGGAUUAUCAGAAAUUGUCCAAGAAAUUAUUGCAGUCCUGAAGGCAAACACAUUCCCAUCACAAUGCCACUGAAGGUUUUGUGAGCAGUCACUUCACUGCCAGAAGCAGAGACCUUUCUUCAUGGACUCCAAGUCAAUAGGCACUGGAAGAGCAGUUGUGGAGGAAUGCAGCAGUAAUUCUUCUAGAGGACCACCAUUCUAUUUUCACUUGUUGCAGUGGUCAAACUCUUAGCAACAUCUUUCCUUUUAGAGACUACACUGCUGUGGUUUUCCUAUAGGCUCACGCAGAUAUGUACUAUGCAAAGUCAUUCUACGUGUCCACAAAUCUACAUGUCCAUUUUGCUAUUUUAACAGAUGCAUUCUGAAGACAUAGAAAUGCGUGUUCAUUUUUUACUGGUAGGUUUGAUGACAGCUGUCUAGCCAGAGAAAAGCAGCACCAAGGAAUUCUCAGAGUAGGUACACAGCUCACUGAACGUCAGCCUGAGGAGUCGGAAAAAAUGUCAACUGAAAAUAUCCUGAAAGGUGUAAAUCUGCUCUGCUUUGCAGAGAGACAAAAUCUUUCUGUUCUGUAUCUCAUCCUGUAGGUUCCAUUACUGAUCUUUUGGUUUCCCUCCUCCAACAAACCGGUUUUCACCCAACAGUUCAGCUGCUAGAGCUGACAUGUAGGUCUUGUCCUCCUGUUGUGUGUUGGAGGUGAGUGUGAUCUGAUAUGGUGUGCAAAGAAAAGAUCUCAAAUAAAACCCCACCUUAUUCUUACACAUUUCUGACGUGUGUGUGCUGUGUACAUCUGCACAUGACAUGUAGAUGAUGUGCACAGCUGUUCCUCCCAGUCACUCUGUUGUUGCCCUCAACGAGUCGUCCCUUUGCUGCCAUUUAGAUUGAUGGUAUUCAUCAGUAAGAAAAAGCCGACCAUACAAAAGGGUAAACCAAACACUUUACCCUGACGGGCAUCCUUUCAUUUGAUUAAAGGAUUCACGCGUUCAUUUUUGCUUUUACAAUACAAUUUCUUUAAAAUGUCUCCUACACAGCGUUUCCUUUGUGGAUUGGUUUUAAAAUUGCCAUUCUGGACUGAACAGCAGCAAAAAGAGGAGGAGGAGAGAAGAAAAGAGCGAAGAGGGAGGAGAAGGUUGCGUCCGACCUUCGGGCUGAACCCACAGUCCCCGGCAGCGCGGCCGAUGCCGCCCGGCCACGAAACGCAGCCGGGUUGGGCCGCACAGCGGUGUCAGCUGCCGCCCGCUGACCUCAGGCGUUCGCUCCGGAGCGCCGAAAGGCUGAGGCAGAAGUUCGCACAGUCCGGGCUCCGCCGCUUUCGGCGUCGCACCUCCGGUCGGGGACGGCUUUUAAAGAGCGCAGAGAUCGCGGCUUCCCCCGUCCCGGGCGCAGCUCCCACCCCCAGUCCGCGCUGCUCCGCGGGGAACGGGCCGGAGCUGCAGCUCAGCGCGGCCGGGGGGCGGCGGCGGGGGCGGCUCUACCGCAACCUCCAUCCCGCGUGCAGCCCGGGCUCCUCGUUCUCCUCCCGGCGAUGAUUUGCACGGGACGUGCCCCCAGUCUCGGCAGCACUUUUAGUUCUCUUUCUCCCGCGCUGGGUGGGAUGGAGCUGUAAUUGCAGGGGCUAUUUUCGGCAGCCCGUUGAGCGGCCGGGCGGAGGAGGAGCGCGGCGCUGCUGAGCCGAUCCCGCUGCCCCCAUCCGGAUCUCCCGGCGGGACGGAACAGGCAGGGCGGCCCCGGGCCGGGCGGCACCGAGCGGGGCAGGGGAGCGCAGCGGAGCGGGGGGACGAGACGACGGGGGCUGUCGCCGCUGCCCGGCGGCGAUACGGCGCUGAAACUGAGCCUCAACUUGCCGCAGGAAGGAUGGCAACACCGGCGGAGCUUCGGAGCUGCCCAAGGAGCCGGGGAGCCUCGGUUUUGUGCGCCGCGAUCUAAUACGUGGGAGUAAAAUGGAAUUUCUCACCUGGGUUUUUCCUGCCUUGGUCCUACUGUGCACCCAGCAGCACAGGUGCAUCAGAGCUAUGACUGACAUUGGAGAUUACAUAGGCUCCAACAUUGAAAUAUCCUGGUUACCCAACCUGGAUGAUUUGAUGAAAGGCUAUGCACGUAAUUUCAGGCCUGGGAUUGGAGGUCCUCCUGUUAAUGUUGCUCUUGCAAUUGAAGUAGCCAGCAUUGACCACAUCUCAGAAGUGAACAUGGAAUACACCAUGACAGUAUUUUUGCACCAGAGCUGGCGAGAUGACCGCCUGUCUUACAACCACACCAAUGAAACACUGGGGCUGGACAGCCGCUUUGUGGACAAGCUCUGGUUGCCAGAUACUUUCAUAGUAAAUGCCAAGUCUGCCUGGUUCCAUGACGUGACCGUGGAAAACAAACUGAUCAGGCUCCAGCCAGAUGGAGUCAUCUUAUACAGCAUAAGGAUUACCUCAACAGUGGCAUGUGACAUGGACCUCUCCAAGUACCCAAUGGAUGAGCAGGAAUGCAUGUUGGACUUGGAGAGCUAUGGUUACUCUUCAGAGGACAUUGUCUACCACUGGUCAGAAAACCAGGAUGAGAUCCAUGGGCUGGAUAAGCUGCAGCUUGCUCAAUUCACAAUUACUAAUUACCAGUUUACAACAGAACUGAUGAACUUCAAAUCUGCAGGUCAGUUUCCCAGGCUGAGUCUCCACUUCCACCUACGACGAAAUCGAGGUGUUUACAUCAUUCAGUCCUAUGUCCCUUCUAUCUUACUAGUGGCCAUGUCCUGGGUGUCCUUCUGGAUCAGUCAGUCAGCUGUGCCUGCCAGGGUGUCAUUAGGCAUAACUACUGUUCUUACAAUGACUACUCUGAUGGUCAGUGCCCGAUCUUCGCUUCCUCGCGCAUCUGCCAUCAAGGCACUUGAUGUUUACUUCUGGAUAUGCUAUGUCUUUGUCUUCGCUGCACUGGUAGAAUAUGCUUUUGCACAUUUCAAUGCUGACUACAUGAAAAAGCAGAAGAACAAGAUCAAGGCGAGAAGGCAGAGUGGAGAGAUAAACGUGAAGAAUGCCAUUGUUCUGUUUUCCCUCUCCAUAGCUGGUGUGAACCAGGAACUGGCCAUUUCCAACAGGCAGCACCGAAUCCCCAGAAGUCUGCCUGGAUCAUACGGCACAAUAGAAAUAGAGACUGGAGAGACUAAACAGCAGCAAGAGAUGAAACUGGAUAAAAAGAGUGGUCUGAAAUCCCUCUUUAAGCCCAUUGAUGCUGACACCAUCGAUAUAUAUGCCAGAGCAGUGUUCCCAGCAGCCUUUGCAGCAGUCAAUGUUAUAUACUGGGUUGCCUAUACAAUGUAAAAAGCCCAGAACUUUGUGAAGAGCUAAGAAUUGAACAGUACCUACACACUAAACAGUCCUUGCUGAAACUGUACUGGUACAUCUCUUCUCAAAAUAUUUUCCACUGACCUUGAGACAUUUCUGGUCAAGAAACUCCUGCAAUCAAUUCCUACUGAAGCAGCAAGAGAAACAGUUUGUUACCAAUCUGAUUUGAUAUAUUAAGAACUGUACUCUGCUCAACAAUCCCAGCUCCUUUCGUUUCCUCUCUUACCAUGAGAAAACAUUUCAUAUGUACAUAACUGCAGAAGUUUAAAUCUUGAACUACCAUGUUUUUUCCUCCACCUGAAGCAUUGGUAAGUAAUGAAGGUUUAGCCUCUCACACAGAGCAUUUCAUUUUUCGUAGUGGAACAGCUAAUUCCCAGCUUCCACACAAGUGAUUUUCUGUGGAAUGGUCUAGCUUCAAUGCAAGUGGCAAAGUUGGAAAUUUUAAUCACUGAAAUCCCAUGAUGAAGGUAAAAAUAGAAGUGAGUGGGGGUUUAUUGAAUUUUCCUUUGUCUUAGAUAAAGUAUUGAAAACAUUUCAGUGCUCUUAGUCACAGCAUGAAAUAAAAUACACUACAUAGAGUUCCACUGAAUUGUUAAUAAUGACAGCAUUACAUUUCAGAUCUAAGCUAAUGAAAGAUUUAACACUCAAGCAAAGUAACCCUUGGUACUUCAGUGGGCCCCAAAGCAGGCAAAAAUGGUUCAGAAACAGGGAAAGCUCAGCUUUUCUGUAUUGGAUCACUAACAAUUUCAGAGGUGCUUGGUGAUGAAGGAACUCAAACUCCAUUUUCAGGAAGGAUUUUAGAAUUUCUUCUAUUAGUUUCAGUGACAGUCUGCCCUACGUGUCUCUGAAAAUCUCCUUUUUGCAUCUGGCACUAAAUAGCUGAGGGAAGUUCAAAGAUGUCAUAAAUGGCUUUAAGUCAUUCAGUCACUUUGGAUAUUUUUGCAAUUUUUAUUCAGUGGCUGACAUAAUGUUAGGCUUCACUUCCUUUAUUUGACAGUGAAAUGUAUGAGAACUCAGACACACUCCUUAAUUCAAGACUGGAUCCCCUCACCAUACUUACACAAAUAACACUUUGUUCUGUGAGUAACUCCAGGGAUCCAGGCAAAUGAAGGCAGUAUUCACAACAAAUACAAGUUUCAUAAUUAAUCUCUAUCAAAAAAGCACAAGAAAUAGAUUGGGAUAUAGAUUAAAACAACAAAUGUAUUUAAGACACUUUUUUUUGGAUUUUUUCUUCUUUUUUGGGGAGAUUCUGGUGCCUUGAAAGAUAAGGUUGUUCCAAACCUAGAGAAAGAAGAUGCCACAGGAAAUAUUACAUGAGAGAGGAAGGGAAUGAGAGCAGUUAAGGAGAUAGCUGAAAGUUGCUAUGGAAGGAAGCAUGGGGAGGUGCAAGAUGAAACAGGACACAAGAUGUAAAUGAGAGAAGAGCAGUGCUGGGCUUGGAAGAUGGGCAUGACUGAUGAGUGACGGAAUUGCAAUGAGGAGGAAACAAGCAUUGGGUCACACAUCCCUCCCACCUUACCUAUCUGUGACACACGGCUCAAUUUCAUAUGACCAGAACUGAAAGAGCAUUUUAACACAAAUUUAUAACUUAAAAAGAGAUUUGCUCAAUAUCACUGAAGUAAGAGAAUGCAGUGAAGAAAAAUUAAUGAUCCUGAACUGAACUAUAAUAUGAACUAUGAUCCCAUCAUAAGUCAGGCUGAGGAUCACGUGGAUUAUUUCUGUUCUAAUGGAAACACUUUCUGCCAGCCACAUGCUGGAAAGUGCAAACCAUCAUCCAGCUAUAUUUUUUCCAGAAAGUUCUUAUCAGUCUGGCCCUGGACUGGGACACCUGGAUUUUGCACUAAGCUCUUGCCACUGACGUGGGGAUGGACCUUCCUGGAGUCAUUUCAUUGCAUCAUCUGCAAAAUGGGUAUAAUUAUACUGAUUCCUUUACUAAGUCUUCGAGAUCUACAGAAGCAAAAUCCUUGAGAGACACAGAAACUGUCAGGCUCCAACUAGGUAUGUGCACUCAAACAGUACUUGUGUGCUGCUAUUUACCAUAGUUCCUGAGUCUUACAUACUGAAUUAAAACAUUUAAUUUCAUCUUAUUCAGAAAGCUAAUAAAAUUGUGCAUCUCUCAUUAUACACGAAGGUAAUCAGGGUUCCUUUCUGAAUCCAGCCAGUUUCUCUAGCUAUUAUCAUUGCUUUUCAGGGUAAGUAACUACAGCUAAAAGGGAAAUGGUUGACUAGAUACAGCAGAGAAAAUAGUGGCAGCAAGUUCUUAUGGAAUGUAAAUCAUAAAGUAAUCCAUGAUUUUGGGAUUAAAGUUAUUACAGAACAGGAAAAAAGCAGUGACCUGGUCCCUGUAGUGUACAGCAGCUGGUUAUUUAGGGUAAUUAGUGAGAAAGUGGCUGCAUACAUUCUAAAGGCAAUGUCUAAUCCAAUUACUUCAGCAGUAAUAGUUUGUAGUUGUGCACCUGACACAACUCUUUACCCUGAAGCCAACUGAGGUAAUCACAGGGGGUUAUUGGACAAAAUUAGCUGCUUCUCCACCUGGGUGCCAGUCACCGGCUGCACACCCUGGCUUCUUCAAAAGGUUUAUUCAAUGCAUUUUUCUGUAUUUGAUUGCAGAUCUUCAAGGUGCACAGCUAUUUGUGACUGAUCAAGGUAAAGGGUGGCUAUGGUCUUUCCCCUCAAAAAAAUCCACAAAAACCAC